AAAUUAAAGUGGAACGAAAAUAAUAUAAAAAUAUAAAAACCAUGAGUAGUAAACUGAAUAGCAAGAACAGACGAUGGACGUGAAGGAAGCACUUUACAUGAAGAGAGGAAGAGGAGAAAAUAGCUAUGCUCAAAACUCCAUAUUACCGCAAAAAGUGGCUUCCAUAACCAAACCCGUAUUAGAAAAUUCUGUUCAAUCUCUGUUUUCGAAAGGAUUUCAUCUACACAAGCUUCUCAAUGUGGCCGAUUUGGGUUGUUCUACUGGUCCAAACACGUUCUCUGUGAUUGAGACAGUAAAAGGGACUGUGGAAAAGAAAUGCAAGGAAUUGAAUUGCCAAACGCCGGAACUUCAGUUUUACUUGAAUGAUCUUCCUGGUAAUGACUUUAAUUCUCUGUUUAAGGGUUUGUUUAGAUUCUGUGACCAAACACAGGGUGCUUCAUGCUAUGCGAUGGGAGUUCCUGGUUCUUUCCAUGGCCGGCUUUUUCCUCAGAACACCUUACAUUUUGUUCAUUCAUGUUACAGUGUCCACUGGCUUUCUCAGGUACCCAAAGGACUCACAAGCGAUGAAGGCUUGCCAUUAAACAGGGGAAAGAUGUACAUAUCCACGACAAGUCCUCCGGUCGUAAGAGAAGCUUACCUAACUCAGUUUCAACAAGAUUUCACCCUGUUUCUCAAGUCCCGCUACGAGGAGAUGGUUCCUGAUGGUUGUAUGGUCUUGAUACUUCACGGUCGACAAUCUGCAGAUCCCUUGGAUAAGGAGAGCUGCUGGCAUUGGGAGCUCUUAGCUGAGGCCAUUGCCGAAUUGGUUUCACAGGGAAUGGUGGGUGAAGAGAAAUUAGACUCCUUCAAUGUACCGCACUAUACAUCAUCACUAGAGGAGCUGCAAGAUAUAGUGGAGAAGGAAGGAUCAUUUGCAAUUGAGCGAUUAGAGAAGUUUGCACUCGAAGUUGGGGAGCAGCAAGAAAAAGAUGCAUGGAGUAAGGGGGAAAAGGUGGCCAAGGAUAUCAGGUGCUUCACAGAAUCACUGAUUUCGUACCACUUCGGAGAGGAAAUAGUUGAGAAAGUGUUUGACAAAUUAACUCAUAUGGUAGUUGAGGAGUUGGCCAAACAAACAUUGCACGCUACAUGCAUCGUCCUCGUGCUUAGCAGGAUCCUGGGAUAACUUCGUGUUCUAAAUUGAACUCUGGAAUAAAAUUUAGAACUCAGAGAAAUUGAUGGACAGAGAGUUUAAAUUUGUUGCAGUUUGAGCUGAAUGCAAGGUUGUGAUGCUCUACUUCAAUGGAUAAAUGAAUCCAAUAAACUCUUCCACAAUAUCUAGUAAUGGUUUUUUUUUUUUUUUUAAAUUAUAAUUGAAAAUCUCUAUAUCUGCAUUCCAAUAUUGUAGCUGGACGAAAUAAAGUUGUGUAAGAAUAUAUAUAUAUAUAUAUAUAUAUAUUUGAAAUAAUUGUGUAGUCUGAGACGGUUUCAAAGGAUAAUUGUGUAAAUUUAUUUUUAGAAAAAAAGAAGUGGAGUGUAAAAGUAGAGGAAUUAGAUGCUAAUAGCAUUUCCUGUAUAUAUAUCAAUGGUUUUCUAU